AUGGAAGUAAAUAUUCUGGCAUUUAUUGCUACUGCACUGUUCAUUCUAGUUCCCACUGCCUUUUUACUUAUAAUUUAUGUAAAGACGGUAAGUCAAAGUGACUAA